AUGAACAAGCAAUAGAAGAAAACCCAAAAGCAAAAUGAGAAGUUAAAGAUAUAAAGCCAAGAAAAUGAUAGCCCCCAGAACAUAGAAGAUAUAAUACAUGACAAGAAUGAUUUCAUUUGUCCCAUCUGUUUAAAUUACAUUGUGGCAGCUGUCUCCUUAAAAUGCGGACACACCUUCUGUGAAAUAUGUUUGCAUGAAUAUUUGCUGUAUUUCAAAGGCUGUCAUAUUUGCAAUGAUAACAUGAGAAAAUCUAAAUUCGCCUAUUGUUAUUUAUUAGAUCAGAUGAUUCAUGAAUUCAUCAAAUCACAUCACCCUGAAGAACUAAAAACCUAUGAGAUGGCUAAAAUCAGCAACAAGGAGUGGCGAAAAAAGAAACAAGUCCAAUCCAUAGAUGUUGGUUAGUAGAUCGAUGUAAGAGAUCCCAAUUUCGUCUGGAAUGUUGGAACUAUCAAGAGACUCAAGAUAUCCUAGGAGGUAGGCAAAAUCAAAUACCUUGUCAUUCACUACGAAGGCAAAUCAGACAAACACGACGAAGAAAUAGCCGAAAACUCUCCAAGGUUUGCUGCCUUAGGGUUCUACACAAGCAGAAAUGACAUUCCUAAAUAUUACAAACAGACCAAGAAUCCCUUUUUAAAAAACCUAUUGUACAUAGAGUGCAUGGAUCCAAAUGACAACCAAUUCAAUUAAUAGUUUUUUAUAGAAGACAAUUCUAGCGAAAGUGAAUGA